AUGAAACAAUAUUUUCUUAUUAUUAUUAUUGGUAUUACUACUCUUCUUAGCUCAGUUCACUGUGCUCCUGAGGAUAAUUGUACAAAACUAUCAAAUACAGAUUGUCAAACAUGUUUGAGUGAACCUAAAUGUGCUUAUUGCAAUUUUCGAAUUUGGAUUAUUAUUGUUGCUGUUGUUGUUGGUGUUGUUUUACUUGCUAUAAUUAUUGCUGUUUGUUGUGUGUGUCGAAAAUGUAAACAUCAUUCUAUUCGAAAAGAAGAAAGGAGACAACAAACUGAAGAUCAACGAAUCGGAGAACGAAUGGAAGAACGACGAGCUGCAGCUGAAGCUCGGUGA